UCCUACUCCAACACUCAACUGCUGCAUUACAUUGGCACUCUAAUUACAAAUUAGGUUUAUAUCCCUCUUUUCCUCCAUCGUCUCUUCUGCUUACUUGAUCAUCAGAAUAAACUUGUGAGGUCACUCCAACAAAGAAUGGCCAAAGAUCACCCAACAAAUUUCAUGGCUCUAUAAGGACUUGAACGUGGAUUUCCCAAGUCCCAGGUCGCCACUAUAACCAAUACACUAUGCAGGAUCUACAGCUUCCAUUGAAAAAAGAACAGGCUAAUAGCGGGGAUACUGUGUCAAAUUGUUUGCCACAGCCUUUCCUCGUGGUUCCACCAGCUUCUACUGGAGCACCUUCUAACAUGAGUGCAGUUGUUAGUUCUCACUUUGCUCUCACAAUCACAGUAUUCACAGAAGUGAAUGCUACUGACCCAGUUUGCAGAUGGAGAGCAUUAUAUGGCGAACAAGGUCAGUUUUUGGUGUCUGUUGAACCUGAGCCUUCUGGAGAGAAUGCAACAAAAGUCUCUUGUAAUUUAAGUGUGGAGAAAGAUCCUGUGAAUAGUUACAUUCCUCUGCUGGUUGCUUUUGCUAUUUUGACUGCUGCAGCCCUUCUGUGUUGCCUUGUUCCCUAUGUGUCCACUCUUCACUGUACACAAGAAUAUUGCCAUUGUCUUCAGAAUAAACGUGCUUCCUUUGAAUUUGACCCUGGAGAGGAUCUGAGACCAAAGACAGAGAAGCCCAAACAUCGGAGACUUCUUUCCCUGGACACAUUCAGAGGAUUUUCUCUUACGAUUAUGGUUUUUGUAAACUGUGGAGGCGGUGGUUACUGGUUUUACGAGCAUGCUUCAUGGAACGGUUUGACAGUUGCAGAUCUGGUCAUGCCAUGGUUUGUUUUCAUCAUUGGCACAUCAGUAGGGUUGGCUUUCCAUGCAAUGAUGAAAAGAGGAGUGAGACGUAUCCAACUCUUGCGUAAACUGACUUGGAGGACCAUGAUCUUACUUGUGAUAGGGUUCUGCUUCCUUAACUACGGACCAACAGAUGGUCCAUUGUCAUGGAGCUGGGCAAGAAUUCCAGGAGUUCUUCAGCGUCUUGGGUUUACUUACUUCGUUUUGGCUUUGAUGCAGACCUGCUUUAGCAUAAAGGACUUUGACAGAUAUCAGUUUGAUACCUGGUGGGCGUCAGUCAGAGAUAUUGUUCUCUACUGGCCUGAGUGGAUCAUUAUGACAAUCCUGGAACUUCUAUGGCUGUGCCUAACAUUCCUGUUUCCUGUGCCUGGAUGCCCCAGAGGUUACCUGGGCCCUGGGGGAAUAGGAGAUGAUGGAAAAUACCCCAAUUGUACUGGCGGUGCAGCAGGGUACAUUGAUAAGUUGUUGCUUGGAGAAGAACACAUGUACCACCAUCCUACAUGUAAGGAGAUGUACAACACCACUCAACCUUUUGAUCCUGAAGGCGUGCUGGGUACAAUUAACUCCAUUCUCUUGGCAUUUUUUGGACUUCAGGUAAUUGCAACAGGACAUCAGAAGUGA